ACUAUUUCCGUAUUCUUCACAUUCAGGAGCAGUCCAGAGGAACUUAAAUCAUGUGUAAAUCAAGCGGUUUAAUUCUAAAUAAGAAACGCGUUUUGUUGUUGUUUUUUACAGCUGUAAAUGCUGUUUCAGUUACUGCAGUCUGGCCAAUGCCCCAGAAGAUAAGCAGUUCCAUUGAGCGAUACUGUGUCAGGCCACAGUCUUUCAUAUUUCAAUAUACAAAUGUUUCGGUAGCACAACCAGGUUGCUCAAUUCUUGACGCUGCUUUCGAGAGAUACUUCAAGCUCAUCUUCCCCGACCUGCUCAGAGAUCCAGGUGAAAGACAAAUCUAUUAUGCCAGGCCCAUGGAAAAGCCCUUUACAGUCAGGGUGGGAGUAUCUGAGGGUGACUGCAACGGCUAUCCGAGCGAAAGCUCCAAAGAGAGCUACAGGCUGAGUGUGUCAUCUGGACAGGCUCUUCUGAGGGCAGAGAGCGUAUGGGGAGCUCUGAGAGGUUUGGAGUCUCUCAGUCAGUUAGUGUACCAGGAUGGUUAUGGGUCUUAUUACAUCAACCAAACUGAAAUUGAGGACUUUCCAAGGUUUCCAUUUCGGGGACUUUUAUUGGACACCUCUCGACACUACCUACCCAUAAAUGCCAUCUUGGAGACUCUGGAUGCCAUGGCUUACACCAAGCUCAACGUGUUCCACUGGCACAUUGUGGAUGACCCAUCUUUCCCAUAUCAAAGCAUAUCCUUUCCUGAUCUGAGUAACAAGGGGGCAUUCCACCCGAUGACGCACGUGUACACGCAGACGGACGUGAAGCGAGUGAUCGGGCAUGCCAGGCUACGGGGAAUCCGUGUGGUGCCUGAGUUUGACUCCCCGGGGCACACUCAGUCCUGGGGGAAAGGACAGCCUGAUCUCUUGACCCCUUGUUACCGUGGCGAUGUCCCCUCAGGGACUUUUGGGCCUGUGAAUCCCAUUCUGGCCUCCAGUUACUCAUUCAUGGCCAAGCUCCUUAAGGAAGUGACAUCAGUCUUUCCUGACUCCUUCGUGCAUCUCGGAGGGGAUGAAGUUAACUUCAGCUGCUGGAAGUCUAACCCAAACGUGAAGGCCUUCAUGAAGAAGAUGGGCUUUGGCACUGACUUCACUAAACUGGAGGCUCUCUAUAUGGAAAACAUGGUAAACAUCACCUCAGCCCUCAACAGGACCUCCAUUGUGUGGCAGGAUGUGUUUGACUACCACGAGAAAAUCCCUAAGGACACAAUUUUGGAGAUCUGGAAGGGGCUCCCCGAGUCUUACGCGAAGGAGCUGAGCCGCAUCACAGGGGCCGGCUACAGGGUCCUGCUGUCCGCCCCCUUUUACAUCAACCACAUCAGCUACGGGCAGGACUGGCGCAACUCUUACCUCGUGAAACCACAGAACUUCUCUGGUACGGAGGAGCAGAAGCGGCUGGUGAUUGGUGGAGCGGUGUGCAUGUGGGGGGAAUAUGUGGAUGCCACCAACCUUAGUCCCCGUCUGUGGCCCAGAGGCUGUGCUGCUGCAGAGCGUCUGUGGAGCGAUGAGGAGCAGACCUCCAGUGCAGACGCGGCGUUUCCUCGCCUGACAGACUUCCGCUGUCGCCUCCUGAGGCGUGGUAUUCGUGCAGAGCCUCUGUAUGUGGGAAACUGUCAGCAAGAGUACCAGGGCGUGUGAGAAGAUGCUUUUGAUGCACUGGUGUACAGAACUAAAGGGGGCUUAAAGGGAUUUAACAUAGAGUUGGGAAAUAAAACUUUUAUUAAGUAUUUUUUUACAUUUUUUUUGUAUGAUUGUGGAUUGAAUACUGAUUAGAAUUGUUGUUGUUUAAUGUGUUAAAGGUUUUCCACCAAUCUAAUAUCAGCUGUUCCUUCAGUGAUUAGUGUUCUGGAAAACCUGGAGUUGACCAGUUUUGCAGUCAGAAAUGAGAGAAUAAGUGAAAUGUGCUAUCUUGUAAGAAUAUUCUUUCAUCUUAGAACAAUGUGUACAUCAUUUUCCAUUUAACUUUACCUGACAUUGAACCACUAGAUUACCUAUCAGAGCUCCCCAAAAUGGUUAUCAAUGGCAUGUGAAAGGGCUAUGCUUAGGAUGAUAUUAAAGGAACACUUCACCGUUUUUUCAUAUUAAACUACGUUAUUCGCUUAAUUAAGAUGAGUUGAUGCAUACCUCUCAUGUUUCAAUGGGGAAUAACGUAGUUUAACAUGAAAAAACGGUGAAGUGUUCCUUUAAUGCUCAAAUGGUAGCUUAUGAAUGAAACUAUUUUGAUUUUCUUUUGGUGGAGGUGUGGGGUGACUGCUCUCUGUUUUCAUUGGUGUAAGAAGUGGAUUUUUUUUUUUAAGCUACUGUAAAUGAAUUAUUUCAGCUGUAUCAGCCUCUGAAGAACAGAGAUCACAAAUCUUUGAAUGUGUUUUACUGUGUUUGCACUAUAUUAUGACUGAGUGUAGUGAAAUGAUCUAUCAGCUAACUGCUCUAUGAUCACCAAAAUCAUUCCAGGACUCGCUUACUUCAGCUUCAUCACCAUCAUCUUUCCACUAAUCAGUGCCUGUACAGUCAUCGAGAUGGAUUGCCGACCGGCACGCUCCUGUGUAAGAAUGUCCACGUUUAAUUAAACACACACACACACCCUGGCAGCCAGGCCAAUCCCGUCUCACUAGACGCAUCACUCACGGCCGAUCCUAUUAUCUCCCUGGGGUUUUAUACCUGAGCACCACAGACAAAGCGUCAUGGACAUCAAGAUGAUACGGCCCCGACCAGGAUAAACCUAAAGGUUCAGGCCUCUCUUACACGGCCUGUACAGCGAUGCACUUAAUUAAACUAAUGAGUUGAUUUGUCUUUGAGCUCAAAAGAGUUGCAAUGAAGCCUAAAUAACAGCAUUUUAAAUAUUACACCUUUUAUGAAUGUGCUUGAGUACAUCUGAAGAAACUGACAUUUGUUUGCUGAAUUUUUUUUUUUAAUUGAUUUGAUUUGAUCUAUUAAUUGAUUUGACUUAUUUAAUGCUUUUUCUGUGAAACUAAACCAAUAAAUGUAAAUUAUUGCACCAUUGAA